AUGUACUGCGAACAGAACACUACUUCUGACGGGAUAAUCCUGUCACCAGAGCGAGGGUGCGGCGAGUUUUUAUUCAGCUUGUAUUACGUGUACGGAGCGGAGCGCGGGGGUGGGGACGGAAAGAGACUAUUUAUAACCUGGUUAUGUAAGCCCUCCAGCCCCUGCCUCCCCCCAGGUACGCGGCGACAAGUUCCGCAAAUUGCCCCUCUCCCAGCCUCCGGCGGUGGCGGCGGCGUUGGCCUCUCCCCCCCGCCAGAGGCCCGCUUGGCGAGCACCUUAACCAAGGCCUGUGUGUACGCCUGUGACUCGCGUGCAAAACCUACGCGCCGGCCAGCCGCGCUUUUUUCUCUUUGCACCUUCUGCCGCGGGCGACGCCCAUCUCCGCGGGCCGCCUGGCGCCUUCAGCAUCUAACAAGACUGUUACCAACUCCACACUGCAUAACGAGGCGCCGCCUGACCUCGUGUCGAAAAGAACGACGCUCGUUCGAUUUGAACACGAAAAUGGACUGGCCGCCCCUCGCGCCUGCGCCUCUUCUGCCUCGCUUGCCCAACCCCUCGAAAGCACCGCCAGAUUGUCCGAAACGCCGCCGCAUUGUUGCACCACUACUCCUGAAGCGUCGUCUCUCUUCGAAAGGGUUUUUAGUGCACCGCCAGAGAGAGUUCGGGCGAGCGCAUCACGACCGACGUUUCUCUCGCAGGCGAUUCUCUUGGGGUGGAAGCGGCGGGAGACGCUCAAUUUUGGCGGGAAAGUGCACCGGCCGCGGCGUCGUCGCACCUGCUCUGAGUACAUCGCCGCGUCCGUCGCGCACUUUGCACAUAGUCACGAGGCGACCACGCACGCCCAACCUGUUUCAUUCUCCAGCCUCAAAUUAA